CAUCAGAGUCAAAUAUCCCCCUGCUUUCAUUGCUCGGUCUGGGCCACGGGCUCGCCACGGUCAUGUAGCACCAUCUUUGUGAAGCACGAUCAUCAUGUACGAUGGCAUCCAACCCGAGCCCUCCGGACGACUUGCAGCAAAAACCCAAGGGAAAACAUGUCACUACUGCGUGUCAAAAUUGCCGAAAACGCAAGAUCAAGUGCGAUGGUGUCGUGCCCCGAUGUUCCAACUGCGUUCUGUAUGAUCAGACCUGUGUUUACCAGCAUGGACUUGACAAGCGCAAAAUCGCCCCAAAAGAACGACUCCAGGCCCUGACUGCCUACUGCCAGGAGCUUGAAUCCCUCCUUACGCUUAAUGGAAUCGCCUUACCCUCCCCACCGUCAGCUCACGUCCAGGGUCGCCCAAACCUGGAUGCUUCAGUCAGUAACUUCCAAGUCACCUCCCACGUGACCGACCCCGUUGAACCCAAGCUCGAGCGAGCCCCUAGCGAUGGUGUGUGGCAACAGCCCUUGGAUACUUCUGGGGAUGCUCCCUCUUACGAUGAUGUACAUCCCUCUUACGAAUCAUCACCAGACCAAGACGUGAACGAUCCUAGCGGAGGCAACCAGGAAUCUGAAGCUCUCAUGGACCAGCUAUCUGGGCGCAUUGGCUCCUUGCAGAUAGCUGAGGACGGGCAACUUCGCUUCUACGGCGCAACUUCAAACCUUCAUAUUCUUCAUAAUGGUCCCAUGUCCUUGAGCCGGUCCAACUUUCGCUCAACCUGCGAAGACGGGGCCGCCUUGCUACAGAGCGGUGGAGUUGGCCAUCUUGUCAGCGAAGAGCUCGAGGACCAUCUCUUGCAGCUUUAUCUCUGCUGGGAGGAUCCGAGUAUCCACGUUAUUGACGAGGACAUUUUCUGGCGCGAAAGGAGGAACUGCAAAGCCACCAACACCAUCAGCUCCAUGUACUCGGAAGUCUUGACAAAUGCCAUGUGCUCCAUUGGUGCAACAUUAACCUCGAGGCAAAUCCUCGAUCUUCCAGAAAAUCUUCCAGACUUCUUCGCCACAAGAUCAAAACUUCUCCUCGAGCUUGAAAUGGAUGCCCCCACUGUUUCUACCGUGCAAUCUCUUGUCAUUCUAAGUGCCAUUGAAGCACUUUUGACUAGGGACGCUCGAGGGUGGCUUAACAGCGGAAUGGCUGUCCGUCUAGCUGUCGACCUUGGGCUACACCUCGAUCCUCAGCCUUAUGUCCAGAUAGGAUUGUUAGACGAAGAAGAAGCCAUGCUUCGCAAAAUGGUAUGGGGAGGCGUGUUUAUUCACGAUCGCAUGUGGAGCUUAUAUGUCGGCAGACCAGUCGGAAUUGAUGAUAAAAACAUCACCGUCACCUUUUCCUCAUUGCAAUCAAACUCGACAGACGUUCAGAAAUGGUGGUCGCCUUAUAUCGAUGAUAGUCAGGGCUUGGAUGUCCCCAGAAUGGUCAAUCCGAUCGAAGAGCUCACCAUCUGGAACGUGAAACUAUGUGCCAAUAUGACCGUCAUCCGGGAGAUAUUAUACCCCGAUGGCUUGAUGAAUCCAAAAUCAACGCGACAACUCUUUGACUUUGCCAACACGAUGCGGCGAACUUUAAAUCAAUGGCAAUCCGAUCUACCCCUCUGUCUUCGUGUGAACGAGGACGACAGCAACACAGUCUAUCUCCCUCACGUGCUUCAACUACAUAUGCAGUAUCACUGCGUCGUCAUUGUCACAUCCCGACCAUUCUUCGCCUCAUCCAAGAAGCUUGUCGGUCUACUUCCGCAAGAAAUUGCAGUGCACCGAAACUCGUGUACCUCGUCUGCAAAUUCGGUUGCCCGGCUCAUCCAGAUUUAUCGACGCCUGUAUGGCCUUCGCAGGAUCAAUGUACAAGCGGUACACCUCAUCUUCACAGCAGCGCUUGUUCAUGUCUUCAUGGCAUGCGGUGCACAGGAUGUUACUCGAAGUAACACUGCUUGGAAAAAUCUGGAGUCUUGCUGCCAAGCUCUUGCAGAGGUUGGAGUGGCUUACAAAAGUUCUACACGAGCCCUGGAAGUCAUUAUGGGUUUGAAAGCCGACUUGCUGCGCAGAUCCUCUGGCGCAAGGACCAAGCGAAAGAAGACUUGGAAUGACCGACGCACUUAUUCCUCUUCAUCAGCGACCAAGAAGCGCAAGCCAAGCCAUUCUGAGGAGGAAUUCGUGAGAGGUGGAUCUGCCUCUACCGACACCAGCUUGUCCACUUUCGACCCAGGAAUGUCCGAGACUGGACAAGCUUUCAACUUCUUCGAUUCAAAUCUUGACGAUUUUGCCCUUGACAACCUCUUUUGGGCUGGGUUCAACAAUCUAGACAUGCCUAAUUUUCCACCGAACAACCCUACGGACAACAGUACGGACCAGUCUAAUUUCUAAUUUCGGCGUGGGAUCAACGACACGGCGCGUCAGAGAUGGCCUGCGUGCAUACCCCCGGUCACCAAAAUAUCCGUACCCGUCGUGUAUGCAGCAGCAUCGCUCAUGAGGUAUCCUACAAUUCCUUUCAAAUCCUCUCUCUGGCCAACACGCCCCAAUGGGGUGGAGGCUCGAAAACGCGACAUCAAUUCAGGGUUCGUCACGGCAAGGUUUCUCGUCAACUCUGUUUCAAUCGCUCCAGGUGACACAGAAUUUACCCGAAUUCCUAUUGGACCGAGUUCGACGGCAAGAUGCCGCGCUAAUGUCUUGACAGCGCCUUUGGAGGAACCGUAGAUAGAUAGGUUCUGAGAUGGCAGAGCUGCAUGAGCAGAAAUCGAAGCGAUCAACACAAUACUGCCUCCAGAACUCUGCGCUUUCAUCCUCUUUGCAGCCAACUGCGCUGUGAAGUAUGUGCCCAGCAGCUAUCGACAGUCAGCAUGCGUGUUUGAUGAACUUUUGGGACAUAAAUCCCAGUUCUUACAUUCACAUUCAAGAUCUUCGAGGCCUCCUCCCAGGUCGUCUCGAAGAAUGACUUGUCAGCGACGAUUCCUGCAGAUGUAAUGCUGCUCCAUUCAGCAUAGCUCUUCACACUAGUCAGUGAACAAACCAAUUAUUGAUCUGACCAAAGUCCUUGCUGACUCGGUCGAAAGCAUCUGUCAAAUUCGACAAAUCCGUAACAUCGGUCCUACAACGUCUCGUCAUUAAAACCCGCAAAGCAGAUGGAUAACUUCAAACGCCUACCGAUAGUAUCUCACUCUCACCCCUUCAGUCUUCUCCAACUCAGCGUAUUCAUCUUUUGGAUUCUCUGAAAGAUCUAGAACGGCUACAUCGCUGCCUAACUCGGCCGCGCCUCGUGCAAGAGAAAGCCCGAUACCUUGACCACCCCCUCAGAGCAAUGUUAGCGAGAAAAUUUGCAUGACGCGAGGAACGUACCAGUUACCACAGUGACCUUUCCCUUCAAGGAGAAGGCAUCUGACAAUGGCGUUGAUCUUUGACCAUCCACGGCAAGUGGUGCUGUUGGCAUUGCCUGCUUGGAACGAGAUGCAUUGGAUUGGCAACCAGAAGAGGCGGUGAACGUGCGAGAGAGUCUGCCCAAGCUAAUCCUGCCAGAGGCGAGAGACCCUAUGGGCAUUCCACUACUGAUCAGUCGCCAGUUUGGCGCUUUCAUCACGGCCAUUUUGAAUAUGGAGACCGCCAGCCACGUGAUACUGGAUGCCUGCGUAUAUAUGCUUCGGAUGAA